AUGGCAUCGACAGCGACCACCUCUUCACUCUCCGCUCCACCUCCUCCCAAAAUAUACGCAGCGCGAUCCAAAGCUCCCAUAAGAAGCGUCAUACCUCACAAAAUUGCGCUGGCCCUAUUGACACCCAACAAUGUGGGCCAAUUGAGGAGGUUGAACUCUGUACUUUUCCCCGUCAGAUUCUCGGAUGGGUGGUACAAGGAUGUGUUGCACAAAGAUGUGGCUGCGAUUUGCAAACUUGGUGAGUAGGCGCUCGAGGCAGAGGAAUGGUUUGGGGGGACGAGCGGAUGCAGAGGGGGAAGGAUCGUGGGCAAAGUUCGAGAGAGAGAGAGGAGCAUGGUCAGGCCCAUCGUAGCGUUUGUUGGGUCAGAUCAAGUCUGUUUAGCUCUUUGAGGACAAGGAGGAGACGUCCAUUCGCUCAGCUUCUCGGCCCAUCUCUUCGCGCCCCACAAACCAUCGUCUGACACUCUCCUUCUGCUCCCCCGCCAAUGUCGCCUUCCAGCGCUGUUCAAUGACAUUCCAGUGGGCAACAUCUGUUGCAGGUACGAGCGAGAGGGAGGAUCAGAAGUUAAGGUGUACAUCAUGACGUUGGGCGUAUUGGCUCCUUACAGACGAUUAGGCAUCGCAUCGGAGCUUCUGAGGCAUCUGCUCACCGUGGCCGGAGUAGGCACAUCCGUCUCCUUGCGCGAUCCAAACGCGCCUGUUCCGAAAGCUCCAUCCGCGUCCACAAACAGCAAGAGCAGCAACAGCAACAAUGCUAAUGCGGCUUCCAAAAGUUCAAAGGAUUCCAAAACAACAUCGGUCAAGACGGAAGAACCAAAGAGGGAAAGCCGAACGGUAAAGAGCCUGUACCUGCACGUUCAGACUUCAAACGACGAAGCAAAGGCAUUCUACGAAUCCCAUGGUUUCCAGCACACCGGUACUGUGCAGGACUAUUACAAGGUCGGGAUCGAACCCAGGAGCGCUUGGGUAUUGGAAAGACUUGGAUAA